AUGUCAUUCAAACGGGCCUUAUCUGUAUCAUCUGCAUCAGAUGAUGAUAACUUUAAUAAAACUUCAAGACGAAUAAAAAAUUCAUCCAAAUUGCGUUUUUGUCAAGUAUGUGGUGACAAAGCAAAUAUCAUCAAUUAUGGUACACUUUCUUGUCAAUCAUGUAAAACAUUCUUUCGUCGUAAUGGUUUUCAUCCAGAAAACGUACGUCCAUGCUUUUUCAACAAAUCAUGUGAAAUAAACACUAAUACACGACGAAAUUGUACUGCUUGUCGUUUUGCAAAAUGUUUAUCGGCAGGCAUGAGUCCAGAAUUAAUCCGUAAAGAAAUUCAACAAAGUAAAAAAUGUGCAUUACCAACAAACGGUUCUAGUCAUUAUAAUGCAGUACAUAAACGUGUAAUGGCUACAUUACAAAUUUCCGUAUUAGAUAAAUCACAUAAUGAUCCAUCAUCUAUUAAUAAAUAUGAAUGGACAUUACUCUCAAAUGUUAUUCAUGCUCAUGACACUUUCAGUACUAUACCACAAAUACGUCGCACUAUUGAAAAUUUAUCUGUACCACUUUCAUUUAAUAUGUCAUACAAUGUAUCGAAUGUAUUGGAAAUCAUCAUUCUUAUGUAUACAUCUAUGAAAUCAUUUAUUAGUUCUUCACCUGAUUUUCGAAUAUUAACUAUAAAUGAACAAUGCUCUCUUUUUGAACGUAAUUUACAUGGCAUCAUUGCUCUUUAUUCAGCCCACUACUUCCGUACUACGGGUAUUAUUGAUACUCCUAAGUGUUUACAAGCAUUUUCUAUAGUAUAUGGAUCAGAAAUGAUGCGUCAAGCAAAACAUAUCAACCAACAAUUAGAUCCUGAUUCAACUGUUAUUAAACUUAUGUUGAUUGUUCUUGCAUUUUCUUCAAAUUGUUUUGUUGUUGUUAACAAAGAAAAACCAUUACUUGACAGUUUAUUAAACGGUACUUUUCGUUUAUUCGGAAGUCAAAAUGUAUAUAUUGAACUCUUAUGGAAAUAUCUAAUCUAUCGAUAUGGUUAUUAUGAAUCAGUAAUUCGAUUUAGUCGACUUAUUGGACUUAUUCUCAAUUUAGUUAAGUACUCAGUAGUACUCUACACAAAUAAUGAAUUUUAUUAUCAAUUAGUCAACGAAAUUUUAGCACAAAUAAAACAAUCAUUCACGAUGGAUCAGGAUGUACAAAAACCACUAUGGGGAAAAACAUGA